GCCGCCGCAGCGGCUCCAGCGCAGCGCGAGCGAACCCAGUGCGUCACUGAGCGGACUGUCCCCCAGUCAGUUGUGUUUUGUUUUGUUUUGUUACAUGAAACGGAUAUAUGCCCCUGACCCGCCGCUAAGCCGAGACGUGACACUUGGUAAUCCAUGGACCUGGACGGCAGGAGGACCGCCCCACAUGGGAGCGCGUGUCUACGUGUGUGAGAUUGCGCAUUCCGGCUUUCCGCCGCCGCCCGCCUCCCUGGGACCGCCAUGGCGGUGCGCAGAGAGUCCGGCUCGCGGCUGCAGAGGCCGUGGUCGGUGUACCGGGCCAGCACCUUUGAGCUCUCCAGCGAGAUGAUCAGCUUGGCUCUGGCGGGAAACAGUCAGGAUCCAGAUGAACCUGUCCUGGAGUUCAGUGUGGCCUGCACAGACCUGACGACCCCUGCUUUGGAUCGAAAGCCCAACAGCUUCGUCGCAGUGAGCUGCACCACGCCGCCGCAGGCCUUCUGGACCAAACACGCCCAGACCGAAGUCAUAGAGGGAACCAGCAACCCGGUCUUCCUCAGCAGCAUGGCCUUCUUCCAGGACUCCAACAUCAACCAGCAGACGCAGGUCAAGCUGACCGUGUAUGACGUGAAGGACCGCCUGCAGAGCACGAUGUACAUGCUAGGCUCUGCGUUGUUUUCGGUGAAGGAGCUGCUGCAGGAGAAGAGUCACAGUUUGCAGCUGGAGCUGAGGUCAGCGGAGAACAAGCGAGUGGGUUGUGUCGUCCUCGCGGCCUGGCACCUGGACGACAAGACGGACCAGAGGAUGUCGGUUGGCCGCUUUCCAGACAGCAUUAACGGCAGGACGAUGCUUCCGGUGGACGAGAGCCUGACGGAGGCCAUGGGAGUUCGGAUCAAGUACGCUUCGUUGUGUAAAGACACUCUGCUGCGCUCUGUGUUCGGAGGAACCAUGUCCCGGAUGUACCGCUUCCCCAGCACCGGCGGGAAGCAACUGCGGGUUCUGGAGCAGAUGGCGGAGAGCGUGCUGUCGCUCAACGUUCCCCGACAGUUUGUCAAACUGCUGCUGGACGAGGACGCUGCCAGGGUGUGUGAGCUGCAGGAUCUUGGGGAAUUGUCCCCCUGCUGGGAGAACCAGAGGAGACAGAUUGUGUCUCAGUACCAGACCAUCAUCCUGGCGUACCAGGAGGCGCUGUCCGACCUCAACGGCUACAGAGGUCCCUCCUUCAAAGCCAGCAACCUGAAGGCGGACAGGAAGCUGGAGUUUGUGGCGACCAACCUCCACGUUCAGAGGAUGAGGUUGCAGGACGAGCUGGGCUUCGAGCACACCUACGACAUUUUGACCGUCGGCGCUCCGGCCGCUCACUGCCGGGGCUUCAAAAGCGGCGGACUGAGGCGCCACAUUCAGAAGCUUGAGGAAGCAAAGAAACACAUAUUUGAGGAGGAAUGCAGCGCCCUCUCCAGUUCCCAGUCCAUCGUCUACAUACCCCAGGACAUAGUCCGAGCCAAAGAGAUCAUUUCCCACGUCAACACGCUCAAGACUCAGGUCAGCUACUACGCCGAGAGGCUCUCCCGAGCCGCCAAAGACCGAUCCGCCAGCGGCCUGGAGAGGACUCUCGCCAUUCUGACCGACAAGACGCGUCAGCUUGUGACGGUGUGCGACUGUAAGCUGCUGGCCUCCGCCAUCCAGGCCUUGAACGCAGCCCGGCCGGAGUACAUUGCCUCCAAGGCGUCCCCAUCCGCCGAUUCGGAACAAGUCAUGCUCCGCAACGAUCAGGACACGCUGCUGGCCAAGUGGAGCGGCCGCAACAGCCGCUCCUCUCUGCACGUGGACUGGCAUGAAGAGGAGUGGGAGAAGGUGUGGUCAAACGUGGACAAGUCUCUGGAGUGCAUCAUCCAGCGUGUGGACAAACUGCUCCAGAAAGACAGAAGACCCAGCAUCAGCCAGCAGACCAGCACCCAUAGCGACCCGCAGGGCGGCGAAUCCAAAAAGGGAGAGGCGCGAGCUUUCUGGAUCAACCCAGGAAUCCAGGAUUACACUUCAACCCCCGAAGCGCCCGCUCCAUCCUCAUCAUCCUCCUCCUCUACCUCUCCACUUUCAUCUGAAAAGAAGGACAGCUAUGGAAGCCCCUGUGCCGCGGAGGCGUACCCAGGCGAGUGGAGCGAGGCGCUGUACCCCCUCCUCACCACGCUGAGCGAGUGCGUCGCCAUGAUGAGCAACAAGGCCAAGCAGUCCAUGGUGUUCCUGCUGAUGCAGGACAGCGCCCCCACCAUCGCCAUGGACGUGACGCUGCAGUACCGCCGCGACGUCGUCUUCUGCCAAGCGCUCACCGCUCUCAUCUGCGGCUUCAUUAUUAAGCUGAGGAACUGUCUCCGUGACAACGGCUUCCUGCGGCAGCUCUACACCAUCGGCCUGCUGGCUCAGUUUGAGUCGCUGCUCAGUACCUACGGGGAGGAGCUCGGCAUGUUGGAGGACAUGAGCGUCGGCGUCAUGGAUCUGCGGAACGUCACCUUUAAGGUCACCCAGGCAACCGGCAGCUCCACCCCCGACCUGCUGCCCAUCAUCACUGGAAACCGGGACGGCUUCAACGUGCGCAUCCCGCUGCCGGGGACCAUGUUCGACGCGCUGCCGCGGGAGAUCCAGAGCGGCAUGCUGCUGAGGGUGCAGCCGGUGCUCUUCAACGUCGGCAUCAACGAGCAGCAAACGCUGGCUGAGAAGUUUGGAGACACUUCCCUGCAGGAGAUCAUCAACAGCGAGAGUCUGUCCAGACUGAACUCCUACUACGAACAGUUCAAAGAAGUCCUGCCAGAGGACUGCCUUCCGAGGUCCCGCUCCCAGACCUGCCUUCCUGAACUGCUGAGGUUUCUGGGACAAAACGUCAACGCUCGAAAGAACAAGAACGUCGACAUCCUCUGGCAGGCCGCCGAGAUAUGCCGCCGGCUAAACGGCGUCCGCUUCACCAGCUGUAAAAGCGCCAAGGAUCGCACGGCCAUGUCGGUGACGCUGGAGCAGUGCCUGAUCCUGCAGCACGAGCACGGCAUGGCGCCGCAGGUGUUCACGCAGGCGCUCGACUGCAUGCGCAGCGAGGGCUGCCGGCGGGAGAACACGGUGAAGAACGUCGGCUGCAGGAAGUACGCCUUCAACUCUCUGCAGCUCAAGGCCUUCCCCAGACACUACCGGCCGCCUGACGGCACCUUUGGCAAGGUGGAAACCUGAGCCAGGGGGGGUUGGACCAGGUGUUGGCGCCCGCUGAGGCCUCACUGGCGUUAGGUUUGACCUUUGUGGAGGUAACCUCAGUGAUUCAUCAAUAAACAAGAAAAAAACUCUUCGGAUCUUCAUGGUAACGGUGCAAAAACUGUCUGUAGGUACUGUAAACUCCUUGCAUAACUGUUCGAGUGCGCUCACCACCAAAAAAAUGACAUUUUCUUGGUGCCUUUUUAGACAAAUGUAGCUUUUGCUUCAACAAAAAGGCGUUUGUAGUUCAGCGUCUCGAGCAGCAGAAACGCUGCAACAGUAUUUGUCUACCAGCAGGGGGCGCUAGAGGAGAGGAUGAGCGUCCACGCUGCUCCACACUGUUGAAUUAUGGAUGAGAGGGUUUUGGAUUGUAUCAUAAUUAAUACGUUUCUGCAAAUUUACGGGAUUUGAAUGAUUUAAGUUAAUGUUUUUGUAUGUUUUUAUUUUAAACACAUAUGUAAUGAAGAUUUUACAGAAACAGUUCUUAGUUUAUCACUGCUGCUCGUGCCUCACAUUUCUGCAGCUUAAAUAAUCUGCUUUUUAUUCAUAAAUCUAUUUUAGGUUAAUUUAUUCAUUUUUUGUUAAGGAACCGAUGAUUCCAUAAUUUAUUUAUUUUAAACAAAUAUCACAGAUUAGUCUCUGAUCCAUUCCAUAAGACCUUUCUUGGCAUAAAGUUUGUUUUCAUUUUAUUUUAGCAGAAAACUAACAAAUUUGAUCUUAAACCAAAUGUGGCUUCCUGUAAAAAAUAAAAAUAUUCCAAAACAACAGUCAAUGUCAAUUUUUAUUCUAGAUUUUUUUUUUAUGUUUUACAUUAAGUUUCUGUGUUUGUAUCAUCAGGCUUAUAUGAAGUUUUAAUUUAACUUAAUGGUGCUUGUUGGGGAAAAUAAAGUGGGCCCAGUACUGAUCUCUACGACACUGUAGAAAAUAGAAGAAUAUACGAGAAUAAAGUCGUAAAAAUUUGGGAAAAAAGUUGUGAUUUUUUUUUCUAGAAUAAAUUUCAACUAAAUAUCAAUAUUUAAUGAUUAAAAUGAUAUUUUCAUGAGAUUUUACGAGAUUAAAGUCAUAAAUUUAUGAGGAAAAAGUCUCAAAAAUAGAAACUUCAGCUUUGGUUUCACAAAUAAGGAAAUACUUUUGACUCUUUUACUCCACUCGACUUUGUCUUCAAUUUUUACGACUUAUUCUCACAAAAUCUUGACUUUUUUAUUUUUAUUAAAAGACUUUAUUCUCAUAAAA